GUUAAUCCAACUAUGGAAAGUAUUAAAAAAAACAAAGAGAAUAAUCUCAUAAAAAACCAUUUCAUUUUCUUCUAAAUACCGACGUCAGUGUCAAUCACACAAACCUAAAGCAGUAAGCAAGAAUUAACAUAAUAAGUUUCCUUUCCAAAUUCAAAAUGACACCAAUCAAAACUUUUGUCAUGAAAACAUUCCGUUUUCGAAAAUGGCAACAAAAGUUGAGUGGCACAGAUGGCGUUGACACAGGAAGCGUCGAUACAGACGAAUGUUCGCCAGUCGCAAAACUGCCGCGGAGGAGGCAUGUCGCGCUCCGAGCCGGCUGCGCCGCGAUGUGUCAGUUUGUGAGUGUUGUUCGAGUUUGAGGUUAUGGCUGGUUGCCGUUACGUUUGAGAUACGAGUGUAUUCAAGUCUCAACAAAAGCAGAUCUUCAAAGCCUCAAAGAUAUCUACGAGUAGACAAAUUGAACGGAGCCAAAUUGACUAAGAUUCAAUCCUUCUAAAAUCGAACUGAAAAAGGUUAAACGAAAAUGAAGCGCCGCAUUGCAGGAAUUAUGUACAUCCUGAUCAGUUUUGCGCUGGUCAACGAGAUGUCAAUUAACGUCCAGGCGAGGGACAACAAUAAGAGGCGGGCCAAGGAAAAGACUGGCGGUUUUCAGAAAAACAUCUGCGAUAUCACUGAUAGAGAUUCCAAAGUGCAUUGCUACUGCGAAAAUAAUAGGGAGCUCAGAAACGCGACGAAGGCCGAAUGCUGGGUUUUCAACGGCGGCAUACCGCGGGAUGAUCUCAUCUGGCAGAGUUUCGCGUCGCAACCGACGCUCCAAACUUUGUCUUUUAAUGUCCGAGUCGAUGGCGCAUUAGGCUACGUGCCCACUAAAGCGCUCCACUAUCUACAAAAGCUACGUUUCAUUAAUAUUAAAUACGGGAACAUUGUUGAAAUAACAUCCUUCGCUUUCGCCAACUUAACCAAUCUAAAAGAAGCCACUCUGUCUACUAACCAGAUUGAAACCAUCCAACAAUACGCAUUCGCUCAUUUGCCUAACAUUACUACUAUUAAUCUCGAAGAUAACAUGAUUAUUGAAAUCGGUACGGAUUGCUUUUUUGAUCUGCCCAAGCUACAGAAACUCGUUCUAACCAAAAACAACAUAUCAUCGAUAAAAGAUGGAGCCUUCCAGCGCACGUUUAACCUACUGGAAUUGGACUUGAACAAAAACAACAUAUUCCAUUUGAACCGUCACACGUUUGAUGGAUUGGCGAACUUGAGGAAAUUGGAUCUGCGAAGGAACCGCAUUUACAAUCUCACUGAAUUCACGUUCGCUGAGCUGUGGAACCUGCACGAGUUGCUCUUAGGCAAGAACGAUUUGAAGUUUAUUUCUGAAAGGGCGUUCGAUGGGCUGUCUCAACUCGAUAAGCUGUCCCUUGAUGAUAAUAAACUGGUUGCGCUCCCCUCGGGAUGGCUGGAAGGGGCCCGUGGCUUGAGCUCACUGGAUCUUCGCUCGAAUGAACUAUACGCAUUAACUUUCGAAAACAUCAGACCCAUAUUCGACAACUUGAAGCCGCAAAACAGCAAUUUGCUCCUCGAAGAAAACAACUUUGUAUGCGACUGCCGGCUCAAAUGGAUGCACUCUCUCCGCAACGAGACAAAAAGCCAGAACACCAAAGCGUCGCUCGACGGAAUCACUUGCAAAAUGGACUCGCCCGUCGUCAGCUCGGCUUACAACAAAAUUCCGGACCCGAUGGACAACAAACUAGAUUAUAACCAAGACAUUCUACAUGCUGGGCUUACCAUUGAAACUGCGCUCUCCAAACCUAAUUUGACGGACGGAGAUGAUGUUCAAAGUAAUAAUAUAUCUGCCACAAAAAAGGGCGUUAAAAGAAACGUCCUCAAAAUCCCACCUGACACUUUGCCUUGCCCUAGAGAAACUAAGAAGACUACUGAAUUGCCUCAACUGAUCGAUCCAGUCAUUCCAAUACAAAAUGAAAUGAAAACAUACAGAUUUCAUGACAUAAAUUCAGCUACAGCUAUUGCUGUGAAUAUUUUAAUAUUAUGGAGUUCCGUUUUGUCAUUCUUCUUUACUUAAAAUGUCGUCAAUUUCGUGAUCUAGUCGUUAAUAUAAGCGAAAUACAGACUUACUUUUUGUGUAACAAAACUUGGAACAUUCUAUUUUAAAUUGUACCAAUUCGGUACUAAGUGAUAGGGAAUGCAAAUUGGCUAUAACCGUGAACGAAAUAAUCGGUUAUAACCGAUAAUUUUGACAUAAUUUCAUAACCGAUUAUUGUAAACUUGAACGGUUAACCGAAUAUUACCGUAACCGGUUGGUUACGGUUAUUUUCGGUAAUUUAUUUAUGACUUAGAUUAUAUGAAUUGAUCUUCUCGUAACUACGGUUAAGGCAGGAGCCUUUUUUGGCUGUGACGUCUGUGACUAUCAUUUUUCUCAUUCGUGUAAACUUUAAUAACGAAAAUAUAUCAAAUUUACUUCCCUUAUUCUUGAAAAAUUUUGAUUGAAUAUUAUAUUAUGAUUAAGGACACAUUUUCACAUUUACUAUUUUGUGUGUUUUAUUAAAAACGAAGCAUUGCUUAAUAUACGUAUGUACUCACAUUCCCUAAUACUUCCUAAUAAUAAGUAAAUCUUUAAUUUCCUUUAUUUUCGUAUUUUUUUCUUAAUCAAAUCAGAAUGUAUAUGUACUUAUAAUUUUUGCCAAAAAUAACCGUAACCGAUCAUCGGUAAUUUUUGGCCAUAACCGUAACCGAAACCGGUUGUAGUCUGUGUGUGUGAAGUUUGGCAUUCCCUAGUAAGUGAUAGUCACUAAACGACGCGAAAGUUUCGUCACAAAACUGAAAUUAAAAAGUCAUUUAAAAUACAUCUUAGGUGAGACGUGCAAUUUAAAAUAAAAUUGGCCAUUAAAUUUAGUUUAAGUGCACAUAAAUAUAAUAUAUAUUCAAACAAUAAUGUG